AUGCUGGGAACAGCAGCAGCACAGGCCAAACGCCGCAUACCAAGAUGGCAGAUGACGACUAAAAGAAGUAAGAAAAGCUACACACAAACAAAAAGUUGGUGUAUUUACUUACGUGCAUUUAUUGUAAAGGGAUUCCUACUGUCAAGUGAAACUGUUUGUUUUGAUGCCAUCCCUGCUCCAAAAGGCAGUCGUGCCAGGUGGCGUGCAACAAGAGUAUGGAAGGAGAAUGAAUCUAUUGAAGACAUGAUUGAUCGCUUGGCUGAAAGGCUACACCUGCCACUGGAUGGGAGAUGCAGAGAUCCUGGCACUCCUCUAGGCAACAUAGACGAUGAGCUGAAGAAAGUGAUUCCAGACCUCAAUGACAACAAUAUCUUGAAUUCCCCAGUCACUGUUGGAGGCUUGAAGUAUGCUUUCUUUGAUGCAGCGCCUAGUGGUGCCGGUGUAGUGCCUGUAUGGAACUUCAAGUCUGUUGAACUGGAAGGCAUGAAAGACAUUGAUGAUCUUGAUCUGAGUGAUGAAGCAGGAGGAGACUCUCAAAAUCCAUCAAUGGUUGCUGAGCGUUACUACAUGAAUCAGUCUGUUUUGGGUGACAGUCCGCGAGAUAUGAAGUGCCGAAAUGGAGACAAGGAAAACAUGGUGAAUGGAUUGAGUACCAAUACAAUCCUUGAAAAUGGGGAUUUGUUAAAUGGACAAGCUGCUGAUAGCUAUGGUGCUGAGGUGGAGAUGAACAACGAGCGAACCAAUGGUAACAAUAACAACUGUUGUAAAAAGCAAGUAGAUGCAUCCUGCCAGACAAUUGUCACUGGUGAUAUUCUUGCUACACAAUUCUUUCAUGAAGGUAUUUAG